UCAUGUGGCUGUGUUGGUAGCCCAAGAGCCAUACGACUCGGUUUCAAUUUCAUCAUCUCUUUCCCCCUUUUUUUGUUCCUUUUUUGUCACCAUUGUGAAUAUGGUGCUUUGAGAUCCGUCACUGAGCUCUCUCUCUCUCUCUCUCUCUCUCUCUCUCUCUCAGACGCAGAGUGUAAGCUGCUUCGCUUCCCUGUAGGCGAUCUCUUCCAGCUUCAGAAGGCGGCGAUCCGAAGAUGAACAGCUGUUGGAUCCAACGGAACACGUUUGCAACCCGCCGCGACGAGAUGGGGAGAAGCUCCAUCACUGUCCCCGUCUCGGACCGGAGAGAGACCGUGGCUUGCCCGAAGCCCCGACGUGUCGGAGUCCUCAACUCCUUCAACGACCACCGCCCUGUUCGGUCUCUCAGAUCGCAGCUCAGCCAUCGAUCCGAGUUAUGCGGAUCAGACCCGGACAGUGAUCUUCUGGACAUCAUCCUCUUAAAGGGUGGUGAUUCAGCAAUAGAACAGGGUUGUCCCGAGGAAAUAGCCUCGCCGCCUCGAUUUUUUACGGGGUCCCCGCCUUGCAGAGUCGCUAACCCAUUGACUCAAGACUCGAGAUUCGGGGAUGGACUUUUCUUCGCUCCAUCCCCACCGCUCCCUUUGCCCUCUGCACUGCCACCGUCCUCCCCAUCUUCAGGGAGGACAGGCAGCUGCGUUAGGGCAAAUUUCGGGAACAACCCAGGGGUUAGAAUCGUCGGAUUCGAUUGCCUCGACAGAGACAGACGCAGUAUCCCUGCUCUGGCAUAACCAUCUUCUUCUUCAUCAUCAUCAUCAUCGUCAUCAUCUUGUUCUUCAACAUCUAAUCAAGUGAGAAACAAACAGUACAUAAACAGAAAGGUAAAGAAUCGAAAAGGGUAGCGAGAAGAGAAGCAGGCAAUGAGAAAGAGGUCGACAGUUUUAGAUUCAUCAAGGAAUUGAUGGGUGGUUUUGUUGAGAGUGUAAAUAUGUUUUAAAGAGACAAAAAAAAAAAGGUUGUAAUUAAAAGGUGUGUUUACCUUUUGUCCCUGCAAGUUUUGUAAGUACAAAAAAAAAGGAGACGGGGAAUUUCUGAGUUGCUGAAUUAGAAACAAAUAAAGGAGAUGUUUUUUUUUUUGGGAAUGUGAACUGAAGCAACAUCAUGUUCCCAUUUAUCUCUUUGUACAUAAAAAAACAAAGGGUUGUCUAUCUCUUGUUUCUCUAAUAAAAUCUCGAUUCUCUUGUAA